AGAGAGGAGCCUUUUGAAAGAGGGAGAAAAAGGUAAAAUGUCCAAAGAUGAGAUUAUAAUUUUGGAUUGUAUCCUCAGUCCAUUUUGCAUUAGGGUUAAGAUUGCUUUGAAUGAGAAGGGAGUGAGCUAUGAGAGCAAAGAAGAGGACUUGUUUGGUUGGAAAGGUGGCAAAAGUGAGCUAUUGCUCAAAUCUAACCCUAUCCAUAAGAAAGUCCCUGUUCUCUUGCAUAAUGGUAACCCACUUAAUGAAAGCUCCAACAUUGUCACCUAUAUUGACGAGACAUGGCCUUCUUCUUCCCCUCUUCUUCCAUCUUCCCCCUACGAAAGAGCUCGAGCUCGCUUCUGGAUCGACUACAUCGACAAAAAGGUGUUCGAGACGGGUGGCAAGAUUUGGAGGAGCAAUGGAGAUGAACAAGAGGCAGCCAAGAAGGAGUUCAUAGAGAUUUUGAAGCAAUUGGAGGAAGCUUUAGGGGAUAAUGAUUUCUUUGGAGGAGAAAGGUUUGGGAUUGUGGAUGUGAUUGCUAUCCCAUUCAGUUGUUGGUUCUAUGCUUUUGAGAAAGUUGGGGGCUUCAAAGUGGAAGAACAUUGCCCAAAGCUAUCAAAUUGGGAGAAGAGGUGCUUGUUGAAGGAGAGUGUGGCUAGUGUCAUUCCUAGCCCUGACAUGGUGUAUGGGUUUGUGAGCUCCAUGAGGAAGAAGCUUGGGCUUGAAUAGAAACAUGUUGUCAAAGACAAAUUGUUGUUUUCACUUUGAAUGGUGGUUUGUUGUUGGUUGGUUUUGUGUGUUUGUGUGAAAUAAUGAGCUUGAAUUGUGAAGCUUUUGAUAGAUUUGGUGGGGUUGAAUUUGUGCAUUGUUGUGAACUAUGUGAGUUUUAUGGCUCAUCCUCUCAAUUUGGUGUGUUAAAUUAU